CGGCCGCCGCGGGGCUUGAUCGGGCGACGGUGGCAGCGGCAACUGGUCCUCCUCCUUCUCCCUUUCCCACCUCCUUCGCCUCCUCCCCCUUCCUGGUUGCUUCUCGUCCUCCUCCCCUAGUGGCGGCCCUGAUCCUACGUAAGGGAAUGACUACCAGGUACGCCAGCGAAAAUAGGGUGCAAGCCCAGAAACCAUUUCUCUACCACCACUUGUUGAGAAACUGAUUUGAAGGCAACUGUGUUUGGAACAGGCAGAGGGUGCCCAGAUUUGACACCUCUGUUUUCUCAGAUUGGGAACCCUUCACUGCUAAGUGUCAAGACAACAAAACUGGAAACUAUCUUGACCCUUAUUGAAAACCAGAAUGGAGCGAUUUGUAGUAACAUCUCCUCCUGCUCGAAACCGUUCCAAGACUGCUUUGUAUGUGACUCCUUUGGAUCGUGUCACUGAAUUUGGAGGUGAAUUGCAUGAAGAUGGAGGAAAACUGUUCUGCACUUCUUGCAACGUGGUACUUAAUCAUGUUCGCAAGUCUGCCAUCAGUGAUCACCUCAAGUCCAAGACUCACACCAAAAGAAAGGCAGAGUUUGAAGAACAGAAUGUAAGGAAGAAACAAAGGCCUCUAACAGCAUCUCUUCAGUGCAACAGUACUGCGCAGACAGAGAAAAUCAGUGUUAUCCAGGACUUUGUGAAAAUGUGCCUGGAAGCCAACAUCCCACUUGAGAAGGCUGAUCACCCAGCAGUUCGUGCUUUUCUGUCUCGCCAUGUGAAGAAUGGUGGCUCCAUACCUAAGUCAGACCAGCUAAGGAGAGCUUACCUCCCCGAUGGGUAUGAGAAUGAGAAUCAGCUCCUUAACUCACAAGAUUGUUGACAAGGGAGGUUACCAUCAUUGUGAACAAGACAAAUGACGUGGAGUAUUAAAGUUAUGUGUUGAUUGUGUGGUUCAUUUUUAUAUUUAUUUCAUUAAAAUCAUGUGAUACAGAAUAGUUUUGCGAUGUGUAUAUAGCUGCGGAAGUGACAACCUCACUGCAGAACUUACUGAUAAUUUAGCCACUGGUGGUAUAAGACAGAACUUCAGUUUAGAGUGUGCUAGAAUAUCUAAAGCCUGAUGGUUUUCUUUCAAACUGAUGGUUUUCCCCUAAAAAGUUUAUGCAUUAAAAGUCCUGCCCUGCUUUUUACAACGUAUGACUGUUCCUUAAGAAGUUCCUUAAAUAUUUGGAAUAAAAAAUGGCAUAAGAAACUGAAGCUGCUGCCAAGGAAUACUGCCCAUGGUUAAAAGGGGUUUUUUUUGUUUGUUUUAGGGGGUGGGUUUUUUGGUUUUGGGUUUUGGGGGUUUUUAUCUUGAUUAGAGUGCCCUCUAAUAGAAUAAAAUAUGCUUCUGCUGUAUUCUUAGUUCAGAACAGGUAAAGGCUCUUAUUGUCCCAUUUCUAACUAUAGUUUAUUAUAAAUUAGUUAUCUUAAGUCUCUCCUUAAUCCCACAUUUCUCAUUUCUUCAUCAGACAUUUAUUAGUAGCUUCAAAAUCAGCAAAUGACUUAAAUCUACUUUUAUCAUGAGUGCCAGAACUCAUAGACAUUAGGUAACAGUGAUUUUGCUCUCAACAUGAACAGAAUUUCACAGGCAAAAUGUACCCAGGAAUGCUUAGUUUGGAUUUUGAACUACACUUUAAAUUUCCAAUACCCCUUUCUUCUUGUGCAUGCAUUCAUUGGGUUCCAAAACCCUUUUUGCCUAUAAAUUGCAUCUUAAUAAAUGGACAUUUGAGUUUGAUGUCUUAACUAUGGAUGUUAAAUUAAGCAGCAAGUCUAAUUUUACUGAAUUGGAGUACCCUUUUGCAUGGAGUAAUCCUCUGUACCUAUGCUGUCAGGUCAAUGCAGAUGGAAAUUGUUACCUGUGUAGUUUUGCUCCAUAUGAUUUUAGCUUAUAUAUGCUUCAUGAGGUAAAUAGACCAGGAACAAGAAAGCUUGUAUUAUUUGACUUUCUUGAAAAAGCUUUAUCUCUGGUGCUUCAUUGUUUUUAGGAAUAGUAUAAAAUAGGAGCUAACUAGAAAUUCUGGCAAGAUAUUUGUUUGGAGGUAGGCUUCUGGCAGCAUCAUGCAUAAGUGUUUUGGGGAAAAUGAUUGUCAUUUCUGCUGAAGGAUCUACCAUGUUCAGGAAAUGAGCUCUUUCUGACCCUUAUUAUCUCAGUAAGGCAAAAAGCACAGCUUUUAUUGAUUUCAAGUCCAGACCACAGGAGAACCAAAUUAUAUGCUUUUAAAAGUUAAUCACUUGCUAACUUUGACUAGUGCUUUAUAUAUAUAGAUAUCUAUCUAUCUAUAUAUAUAAAAUCUCAUAUGUUGCUUGAACAUAUACAAGAUAAAAAUUACUUAUAACUUUUUUUUUUCUGUUACAAAGCAAUGGUGGAGUCCCUUGUAACUUAGGGUAAUAAGAUGUCUUUAAAAAAUACAUCAUAAUAUGUCAUGUGAUGCUGUGCUCACAAGCAAAAUGAGGCCAAAGUGAAUAGGAGUAUUGGAUUUUAUAUAUUUUGGAGCCAACUUUCCAUACUUAAAUUUCUAAGAAAAUAUUUUCAAGGUGCUAGUUGAAUUCCAUUUUAGGUCUUCAUUAAAGUUUAGAUUCUAAGUAUCUUCUGCCCCCAACCCCCUAAAACAAUUAGCCUGUCUUAAAAAGUUACUUUAUAGAACUUAGAGUGCUAGGUUGUAUUUUUUUUGUUUCUACAGUUAUGGCAAAUUAAUGCAGCAAAUUCUCCACAUAGUGCUAUCAUUGAUAAGACACCAAUUAAGGAACUAAA